AUAACACUCAGUGGACUUGGAUUCUACUGCCAAUAGCAAUAACCGCGACCAGGGUUCUUCUGACUAAAAAGCCUCCCAGGGAAUUUGCGGCCCAUACGCGUGAUGCCAUUGCCCAUAUAGGAAUCCGAAGUUAUCAGUUAUCCUUCGGGAGGAGGAUAGAUAGUUCCACAGUCCACAGGCUGACAGUGGAAUGCCACGAGCUGGUCCCGCAUGUCUGACCUGCCGGCAGAAAUGCCGCAAGUGCGAUCGUGCUCGCCCCGACUGUCAACGCUGCGUCUCGAAAGGCCUAGUAUGCGGAGGAUACCCGGAACAGUUUAGAUUCUGUGGCAUAGCCAGUCGGGGGAAAUGGAAAGGUGCCCGCAUCCCGGUCAGCAAUAGAAGCUCCACCAGAUUGCAAUCAAGACCAAGCAAUAAUGUACCCUCGGAGGUCCAUGAAACGCCAACGUCGGAGGUUACCGUGACUGUUGUCCCCGCGAAAGUUGACCAAGCUUCCCCAGCCGAAUCGGACGGCAACUCCAAGCCCCCAACUAAUGACGUCCUGGUUCCUGGUAAUUCCCCUGGGGAACGUAGUCGGCCCUUACCAGAACUUCCAGACGACGUUACUACACUCCUCAGUUCCUCCAACACGGCCAGACUAUUAAGCCAUUAUGAUGAGAUUAUUUGCCCUCAUCAAAUCGCUGAGGUAGGAUUCGGUGCGGAAAAUCCUUAUCGAGCAUACAUUCUCCCCCUGGCGCGAAAGAAGAUCGGCUUAUUGUAUGCUGUUCUUGGACUCUCUGCUUCCCACCUUGGACGACUGAUUGACGACGAAUUCCUGCAUGAAGCUACUGCGGUCGAAUACCGAAUGAAAGCCAUACGUGCGCUCAGUGAGGAGAUUCGAAAGAGCCAAAGAACCUCUCUGCUCGAAGAUGAGCAGGAUACUGUUUUGGCCAUCAUCCAGAUUCUAUUACUUCACGAUAUCUCUGAAUCCGGGGUAUCGAGUCAUGGAAUUCAUAUCACGGGAGCCAUGUCCGUCUGUAAACAGUUACUUAUAGCCGAAGGAUUGCAUGGUCGACGGCAGCGGGCUGUAUUCUUUCUGGGAAACCUAGCGUGGUUGGAUAUCAUUCGAGCGUUUGCUGGUUCUGAACGAAUGUGUUUCUCCCAGGACAUUCGUGAGUUGGUUGCUUGCGCAAGUGAUCGGAAGUUCGAGUUGGUCAAUGGGUGCCCUCGAGAAGUUUUUCUAGUCAUUGGUGGAGCACUGGAGAAAGCAAAGGAAUACACGCUGGGUUGGCUUACUUCGGAUGACUAUCAAAUUGCCUUGCUUGUGGCUAGGCAUAAGCUUUAUUCAUGGGAUCCACGAGGGAGAGAGUAUCCUAGCUCCGACUCUCUCUGGCUGGCGAUAGCCGAGGCUUUCCAGUUUGCGUGUAUACUGCGGAUUCUUCGGUUGUUGGACCCGUUAAAACCCGCCAGAAGCCCAGAUAUACAGGAAUGCGUCACUAGAAUACUCGACGCUACCGCCUUGAUUUCUUCUGAGUGUUCGUUACUGGAAAUUCUCGUCCUACCUCUCUUCAUGGCAGGUUCAGAUUCCAUAUCGCGUCAUGCACAAUACUAUGUUCUGACAAGACUGCGUGAGAUCGAGCGGAGGUCUGAAUUUCGCAACCCAGUACCGGCUGAUUUAUUGAGAAAGGUGUGGGAUGCUCGUGCAGCGCAGACCCCAGAUGAUGAUACAAAUAUCUCAUGGACGACUUUUGCAUACUGUCCCGAGCUGAUACGGCAACAUGAUUAUUUGAUCAUAUAAGUAUGUUCGAAACACUCAUCGGAUGAGAAUGGCUCUCGGCUGCGAUAUGAUGAGGCCAUCGUAGCAUUCUGUGUGACGAGGAGAAG